AUGCAAAUUUUAGAUCCCUGUAUUUGUUCGAUUAAUACUGUAUUUGAUCAACUAUUGAAAGAAGUUAAAUCUCUUAAAAUAUUCAGUCAUCAACAAGCAUCAAUGAUGAUGUUGCGUGCCGGUAUACAAAUAACAUCGGUUGAGGGAUGUAGUAAAAAGAGUGGAUCUAGUUGUACGUCAUUAGAAGCUGUACGGUCGAAUACUCUUAAAUGUAUAUUAAUAUUGAAAAAAUAUUGUGAAUGUCCAAUUAGAAUUGUGGGUGGCACAGAAAUAAAUUCUUUGACGUCCAAACAAGAUAUCAUAUCACAAAUAAACGGAUAUAAAUUAAAAAUUCGUUUAAAUUCAGGUUUUACUAAUUAUAUUUACACACGAUGCGUUCGAAUAAAUGAAACAACUAAUGGAUACAAAUACAAAUCAAAAACGUCAAGGAAUAUUUAUAUGCAAGAAGUUGAUCUGGGGUAUUGGGAUAUUACAUUUGAAAGUACGUGCAUUUAA